AUGUUUGAGAAACCCGGGUCGCGAGUUCACCAGUGGUCGACGAGUGGUGGUUGCGAGUGGAUGGUUCGGCGUAGGGGUAUCUGGCGGCAACUGGCGGUGUUUUGUAUUCGGUUGCCGGCGCUAAAUCAUGGGAUGGAGUCCGGCGACGCUGCUGGGGAUGCUUCGUCAAUCGUUGGUUGGAGUAGAUUGGUUGGGUGGUGCUAUGGUUUUCGUUGCUCCUCCAGGCAGCGGUGCCAGCUUGUUGGGUCGUCAUUGAAGGCGCUGGCGAUAGCAGGUGCUCCGACAGGGAGCAGCUUUAAGCGACCGGAGUUCUUCGACCAGCAGGGGGAUGCGGUGGGGGUGAACAGAGAUGGUGACCGGGUUCCAGUCGUCGGAGUCCGACGUGCCAGCUUGUGGGGCAACGGCUGCCGCCCAGCGGCAGCGAAUCGAUGA